AAAUCUGAGGGUGGGUUUGUUUCGUUUGUGUACACCAURCUUUCCUCGUGGAUGUAUACAUAAUAGCUGAAUACCCAYRUCUCAGUCGACUGAAACAUGUCUAAACUACAGUCGUUUCGUGUGUUUUUAAAUGAGCGUUUAACCGCGGCAGCUGUGGAGAUUUUCGGGGCAGUUGAAGAAACGGUAGCGGAGUACCGCGAGGAGAAUGAUCGGCUACGGAGACUGCUGCGGAUCACACCGGAGAUACAACUAUGUAGAAUAGACUCCCUGCAGCUCUCUCUCACUGUCUCUGAAGAGGAGGUUCUCCCUGAGCAGCAGCACUGUGAGCAGGAGUGGAACCCCAGUCUGGGGCAGGAGAACCCAGAGCUUCCACAGAUUAAAGAGGAACAGGAGGAACUCAGGACCAGUAAGGAAGAAGAGCAGCUUCAAGGUCUGGAGGCUGAUAUCAAAUUCACUCCUUCCUGUGUGAAAAGUGAAUGUGAUCAGGAGGACCCACUUCAGCCCUUCACUUCUCCCCAAACCCAGACUGUGGAGAUCAGAGAGAGUGACCCUAAACAAGUGGAUCUCACACCUUUUGUUACUGUGACCCACCUUAAGGGUCUCUACAUUCCCUGUGACCCUCCAGAUAAUCAGAACAAUACCUCCAGCCACAGGUCAGCUGUAAGCAGUGACCCAGUAGGACUUGACAGCAGCCCACGAUUGGAUCCCAACCUAUCAAUGGCGGAACAUUGUUCCAAACCCAGCACCACGUCUAGAAAAACUCACCACUGCCGUGACUGUGGUGAAAAGUUUGCUCUGAAAGCUGACGUGGGGAGGAAUAUGACUCUCCACAAGAAGAGACUUCGUGAAUGCAGCUUCUGCAGAAAACGCUGCUCCUCCACCUGUAAACUGAAGGCCCAUGUCCGCCUCUGUCACAGUGGGAAACCCUGCACCUGUCCUGUUUGUGCCAAGACCUUCAGCCUCAAAGGAUAUCUGUCCAAGCACAUGAGGAUUCACACAGGAGUGGGGGAGAGAACAUUUAGCUGUGGAGACUGUGGGAAAAGCUUCAAUUUGAAGGGGAACCUAAAGAACCAUAUGUUGACUCACACAGGAGAGAAAUCAUUUAGCUGUGYUGACUGUGGGAAAAGCUUCAUUCAUAAGUGGAACCUAAGGAGCCAUAUGCUGACUCAUACAGGAGAGAAACCAUUUAGCUGUAGUGACUGUGGGAAAAGCUUCAAUCAGGAGGGGAACCUACGGAACCAUAAACGGACUCACACAGGAGGGAAACCAUUUAGCUGUGAUAACUGUGGGAAAAGCUUCAAUCAGAAGGGGUCCCUAAAGAAGCAUACACUUACUCACACAGGAGAGAAACCAUUUAGCUGUGCUGACUGUGGGAAAAGCUUCAAUCAGAAGGGGAACCUAAGGAACCAUAAAYUGACUCACACAGGAGAGAAACCAUUUAGCUGUGAUGAUUGCGGGAAAAGCUUCACUCAAAAGUCUAACUUACUGACGCAUGUGAAAAAAAUCCACAAAGGAGGAAAACUAGGAUAAAAACUGAAAGAAAAUUAGGACAAAGAUCUAUUUAGUCACAAGGUGAAAAUAAAAAGUCAGGAUGUGGACAUUUUGAGUACACGCUCAGACACAUAGCUGGAAUAAGUAAAUGAAGUCUGAGAGGAUAGUCAGAUUAACUGAUGACUAAAUUAGCAGUGCAGAUGGCACUAUUUUGUUAAGUGCAGAGAUGUAUUAUGGGUAUGAAUGUGUAGGGGACUUCUGAAAUUCUACAGAUUUUGUGGCCCAGC